GAGCACCAUCUCUAUCAAUGCUUCAUUCUCUCUCUUUCAGUUUGUGCAGUUUCUCUCUCAUCUUCUCUCUUUUUCUCUCACUUUGCCCUUCAAACCCUAGCUGAUUAUUCACCUGCCUCAUACUCAAUGUCGUCAUCUCCACACCGCAAAUCCAUUAUACUUGAAAACCAAACCGUAGCCAAGCAAGCCACAACGAUGAAAACCAAACUCAUCGUAACUCAAUCCACAUACAUCAACGAAAUCAAAGAGUUCGUAAAAAUCAAUAUCAAAAUCGUGUACAUUGACUAUUCAUCAUCUUCGUCGUCACCACCAUCUAAGGAGAAAGUCGGGAACCCAUUGGUGUCAUUGCUCUGUUGGAUGAAGCUUGUUAGGGCACAACGAAAACGCACUGUUUCUAGGUAUCUCUCAGCCCGCAUCGCAGUCACAACAACAACAACAUCCACCAUGAAUCUUGAUAGAUCCAUUUUUUAGGGGUCGAGGUGUGAAGAUGUUCGUGUUCAUUUCCUUCUUACAGAUCCUGUUUCUUCCCUUUUGAUCUAUAAUCUGACAGCGCAAAAGUUACACUUACUGGUGAGCCUUCAAGUGUUAUAUGAACCAUGAUUUUCUGUUGGUUAUGUUAUAUAUUUGCUAGACAUUAAUUUGGUGAUCUCUAUUUUGGGUUUUUUGUUUUAGGUUAACUAUUUGAUAAACAUUAAUUUGGUGAUUUCUAAUUUGGUGAUCUUUCAAAAGCUCUUCACAAAUUGGUUGAUCCUAGGCUUAAAGAAAACUAUCCAAUUGGUUAUGUUUUAAAGGUUUGAAUCAUUUCUCUUAGAAACUUUCUUGAAGGUUACUUGAAAGCUACUAGACUCAAAUUUUGGAAUCAUUUCUCUUAUGCAAAUAGCACAAUUCAGCCUUCUGCACAAUUAUCUGCUGGAAAUGGGGGAAGCUUGAUACACCAAGUAUGAUCAGUGCCCAAAAUUUAGGCCCAGCAAAUGGGAGGUUAGUUUAACACUUUAUUUCUUCAAAAGUAAACUCAGUUUGACAUUGGCUGUUUUAUGAUCUUAUGAUGAUUAUAGUUUACAUGAAUAAGCAAAUCAUACUUUUAACUGUAUCUUAAUGUUAAUAGUUUCUCUGGUACUAUCCCUCGUGAGAUUGGUAACAUGUCGAAUCUUCAAGGUUAGUUUCUGAUUUUUUUUAUCUUUUGUAGCUUUUUUUUCUUUGUAGUUCUUAUUUGUUAGCUUAUUGAGAAAAUUGAUUAUAUUGGUUUAGGAGAGUUUUUUCUUUUUUUGAAACUAAUGGCCAUUAGGAUGUUUUGGACAGUUCUACAAUCACAUGUUAUGUUAUAUCAUUUUUGUUCAUUUCAGUACUUUGGGUGAAUUUUCAUUUAUCUCUUUGGACAUGUUUGGAUAAACA